AGUAGACGGGACGCUCCUUCAACAACAACAGCUAGUCAGACACCUCGGUAGCUUUCUAGCCAACAUAGCUACAACAUUCACGAUCUUUACACUGUUUUGGUGUAUAUUAGUCGAUGUGUAUUAAACACACUUCUGUCAUAUGUACUUGUUGGCCCAUUUGAUUAUAUAUUUACGUUGUUUGUCAGCUAGCUGGUUUGCUAAGUUAACUUAGAACUAGGCUAGUCGCUAAUGCUAGGUAGCUAACAUCCCCGACCAUGAUUUCACUAAGCUACUCUCCUUCUGAUAAAGAAGAGGUCUGCUGGACGGAGAAAGAAGCUCUUGUGAAAGAGGAGGAGGAAGAGGAGGCUGUUACAAUACAAAAACAAGUAGAGGGUGAGGCUGUUACUGUGAAAGAAGAAGAGAAAUACGUUACAGUGAAAGAAGAGGAAGAUGCGUUCAGAGUGAAAGAGGCGGAUGUUACAGUAAAAGAAGAGGAGGAAGAGACAGAGGAGGAUGCAGUUUUUGGAGUGAAAGAGGAGGAGGGGGAGAUGACUGUCACAUUGAAAGAGGAGAAGGAAGAAGAGGAGGUUGGAGAUCUGUUUAACACCAGAGAGAGACGUGACUAUUGUGGAUCCUCUGGGGAGCCUCAACAACCUCAUGAUGCUGAAAAGGCAAAGAAGAGUCUCUCCACAUUAGAACACCUCAAGAAACACCAGCAGAGAUCCAAAGGGAAGAGAACUCACUGCUGCUCUGAUUGUGGGAAGAGAUUCACCUCAUCAGGCAUUACACUGCACCAGAGAAUCCACACAGGAGAGAAACCUUUUGGUUGUACUCAAUGUGGGAAGAGUUUUACUCAGUCAACCAGCCUGAUAUCACACCAGAGAACACACACAGGAGAGAAACCUUAUAGUUGUACUCAAUGUGGGAAGAGUUUUACUCAGUCAACCAGCCUGAUAUCACACCAGAGAACACACACAGGAGAGAAACCCUAUAGCUGUGCUCAUUGUGGGAAGAGAUUCACCUCCUCAAAAGUCGUUAAAGUGCAUCAGAAAAUCCAUACAGGAGAGAAACCUUUUAGCUGCUCUGACUGUGGAAAGAGUUUUCUUCUCUCAGGACAAUUAAAAUCACACCAGAGAACACACACAGGAGAGAAACCCUGUAGCUGUGAUGAAUGUGGAAAGAGUUACACGACAUUUAACAAUCUGUUGGUACACCAGAGAACACACACAGGAGAGAAACCUUAUUGCUGUGGUCAAUGUGGGAAGAGUUUUACUCAGCCACAUACCCUGAAAUCACACCAGAGAACACACACAGGAGAGAAAUCUUAUAGCUGUAGUCAAUGUGGGAAGAGUUUUUCUUGGCCACACACCCUGAUAUCACACCAGAGAACACACACAGGACAGAAACCUUAUAGCUGUGAUCAAUGUGGGAAGCAUUUUACUCAGUCAAGCCACUUGAUAGCACACCAGAGAACACACACAGGAGAUAAACCUCAUAGCUGUGCUCAAUGUGGGAAGAAUUUUACUACAUCUAGCCAGCUAACUACUCACCAGAGAACACACACAGGAAAUAAUCCUUAUAGCUGUACUCAAUGUGGGAAAAGUUUUACUCAGUCAAGCCACCUGAUAUCACACCAGAGAACACAUACAGGAGAGAAACCUUAUAGCUGUGAUCAAUGUGACAAGAGAUACUCUGAUAAAAGAUAUCUGAUUAAACAUCAGAAAAUACAUGCAUGAAGGAGUUUUUUCAUUAUAUCAAACAUUGUAGGAGUAUUUGGUUGCUGAUUGUCUCAAGGGUGGGCAGUCAAAAAGUUUUGUGUUUUGCUUUUAGCCAAUGCAUCACAAUUUAUUUUGACUGCAAGUUUUUCGGUAUUGGAGAUGAGUUUUGUUUGGGCUCGUUCGAAGGGGACGAGAGUUCAAGAAGCUAGUGAGUUUUAGUAAGACGAGAGUUCUAGAAGCAAGUGAGUUUUAGUAAGACGAGAGUUCUAGAAGCAAGUAAGUUUUAGGAAGAUGAGAGUUCUAGAAGCUAGUGGAGUUGUUUUGCUAAAUUUGUUUUAAGAUUCUAUAGAAAGAAAAAGGUGAGAAAUAAUACUAUUGUAUAUUAUUAUUUGGAAAUACAUGUUUUUUUCUUGUUUUUAAUUGUUGACAGCCAGUAGACACCAUGUUAAUAUUGUAGAAGGUGAAGCAUUGUAGUUGAUUAUAAUGUGAAAUGGAAGUUGUUUUCUGUUGGUGGUGCGCAAACUUUUCCAACAAAAAUAUAGGAUAUAUUUGUUGUUGUCUUAAAGGGGGAAGGUGUUACUGGCUUUGGUUUUUCCAUUUAUGUUUUGAGGUUGGACUUUGAGGUUGUUAGCACGUCUAGGUAGUUAGCACGUAGGGCACACUGAUUGGUGUCACCUCGUUAGUCAGUAUGUGUUACACCAGUUCUUUUGUUGGCUGUUACUGUUUACUCUGUUUACUCGUUACUCUUUUGGUUUGCUUCCUGUCUUUAAGUGUGUUGUGGGUUUUUCUUUUGUUUGCCUCUUCUUGGGCAGAUUUAGUGGAUCUCAUGGUGGGUGAAAUUGUAAAAUUGGUGGGUUAAAAUGUAAAAUGUAAUAUUCGAAAGGCACUCGCACAUUUGAGCAAUCUUAUUUGCAGGUGCAUGGCAACAAUUAAACAAGAUGAUGGAAAAAAGGAAACCGCACACUGCUAUUGUUGAUAGUAUCACUGAUAUUUAAUAAGUGACUUUUAUGUCCCAGUUGUUGUUACUAGUCAACUUUCAGUGGACUUGCAAAAAUUGCAAGAUUAUGUUAUAAUACUUUUAUUGCAUCAAGUGGUUGUUUUAUGCAGCAGAAUAGAGGGUUCUUAAUAACUAUUGUGUCUGUGUGUUCUACUGAGGAUGGGCCUCUGGGAGAUAACACUGACAGGAGAUUUACAAUGUCUUUUGGGUGAUAAAACAUAGACGGCAUUCCAGAGCAUGAGUUACUGUUUCUGUUCUAUAUGGUACCAGGGGGAGAUGACCUCGGGGCCAGACCCUUGUCUCUACACAAGGAGUACUGUUUCUACAGCAGAUACUGUCUGCUGUGAAUUAUAAGUACCUUUCAUACAAAUCUUAACGUUGUGACCCGUUCUAUAUGUCUAUUGUUGGUCAUGUAGGUUGAAAGGGGUGUAUCUUGGCUGUAAAAGAUCUUUGUACUUUUGUAUCGGGGCUCUCAACGAAUCAUCUGGGGGUGAUUUGUCGACCAGCCAUCAUUAUUGUAGAGCACUCAAUUGAUUAACUUUUUAUUUGUAUGUUGUAUUGACCUGCUCCCUUAUUAAGUGAAUAAAGAUUUAGAUUAACUCUGA